GGACGGAGCCGCUCCCCCCUUCCCCACCCCCCACCCCCCGGCCUCCUCCCCCGCCUGUCCAGGGGCGGCACUGCGGGCUGGGAAGCCGGGACCAGAGGAGGGAAGGAAAGAAGGAAGGAAGGAAGGAAGGAAAGAAGGAAGGAAGGAAAGAAGGAAGGAAGGAGGAAGAGAGGAGAAGAGAAGAGAAGAGAAGAGAGAAGAGAAGAGAAGAGAAGGAAGGGAAAGAAGAGGCGUCCAGAGGAGGAGAGGAGGAAAGGCAGGGCAGGCAGGAGAAGAGAGGACGGCACUCCAGCGGCAGCAUCCAAAGGCCAGAGUGGGGACCCGUGCUGCCUCCGCCGCUCCUCGGAUGGUGACGGGGCCCCGCCGCGGCCGCAGCCCCCCCCGCGCCCCGGCUCCGCAGGCCCGCAGCGCCGGAGCCCCGCAGGAAUCAUGCCCAGGUCCUUCCUGGUCAAGAAGGUCAAACUUGACACGUUCUCCUCGGCGGACCUCGAGAGCUCCUACGGGCGCGCCCGCAGCGACCUCGGAGUGCGACUGCACGAGAAAGGAUACCUCAGCGACUACGCGGGGCCCGCCUCCGUCUACGAUGGCGAUGCCGAGGCGGCCUUGCUCAAAGGGCCGUCCCCAGAGCCCAUGUACGCGGCGGCCGUGCGUGGAGAACUGGGCCCGGCGGCCGCGGGCUCGGCACCGCCUCCCACCCCGCGCCCAGAGCUGGCCACAGCCGCGGGCGGCUACAUCAACGGCGACGCGGCGGUCAGCGAGGGCUACGCGGCUGACGCCUUCUUCAUCACCGACGGGCGCUCGCGCCGUAAAGCAGCCAACGCCGCCGCUCCCUCCACGGCCUCCGCGGCGGCUC